GGGCAGACGUCAUGACGCAGUAGAGGGGCAGACGUCAUGACGCAGUAGAGGGGCAGACGUCAUGACGCAGUAGAGGGGCAGACGUCGGGACCUUAAAGCGGAAAGACAUUUACACCGGAGCUUUGGACAGAUUUGUUUUGCGGCCCCACGUGAUCCGGCGGAGACAGACGAGGGUGAGCAUCGCAAAAUGGUCCCAAGAAGAUGGAAGGUGCUGCCCGGGAGCGAGGCCCAACCCCCACCCAACAGGCAGGUUAAAACUGAGGAGGGCCUGGAGAUUGAGGUCAAGGUGGAGGAGGAGGAGGAGGAGGAUGAGGAUGAGGGCCUGGAGGAGACCAUGGAGAUGUAUCGUGUCCACAGCACCAACACCAACAUCCCACCCCGGACUAAGACAUGGCUCCAAAGAAAAGGCAGAAGUGCAGGGUUAAGGCACAACCCUCAACACAAACCUGCCAUGCAGGUGUUGCUGAACCAGGAGGAGGAGUGGCAGGAGUGGCCGGAGGAGAUGCCACAGGAGGAGGAAGACCUGGAGGAGGAAGCCCUGGAGGAUGAGACCAGGGAGGGAGGCCACGUCCCCACCACCACCGCCCCAUCCUUGAAUGGCCCAUUUAAAGCCAACAACGCAGCCCCUUCUUCCGUGUCUGUGUCAGACACAGCAUCAGAAACGGACGCCCCAUUGGUGGUGAGGAAGGACUGGAGGAAGGUUUUGCCUUUUACCUUCAGCAGGCAGCAGGAAGGAGAACUGGUGGAAUGGUAUCGGCAAAACACCAUCCUGUACGAUAAGGAACAUGAAGAUUACAGGAUGAGGGAGAAGAAGAACAAAUUAUUCCAGGAAAAGGCGAAGGAAUAUCCUGACUGCACCUAUGAUCAGCUCUGCCAGUGGAUCAAGAACCAGCGGACAAUAUAUGGGAAGCUGACGACCAUGGCGACAAAAACUGGGACUGCUGGGAAAAAGUUCACCAAGAGGCAGCAGUGGAUUCAUGACAAGUGGUCGUUCAUGAAACCGCACAUCGUGCGAGUAGAGAGGAGGAGGAGCUGCAAGAAGUUUCAAAAGUUAAAUCCACCGCCCAGCGCGCCCCAUGCACUGGUGGAAGAUCCGUUUCAGGGGGCAUCUACAACCAGUUCCGGCCUUAAGCCAAUUGGGCCAAUUGUUCCCAAUUGGGCCCCGCGCCUCCUAAUGCCGGCCCUGUCCUCAACAUCCCCCUCCACCAGUCAGCAGCACUUCCAGAGGAGGAUGGCACAUGAAAGCCACAGCGGAGCCUCCUCACCAGACGUCACUAAUGAAGACGGAGAGGGAGAACGGAAUGAGCUGUUCAGGAUUCUCAUUGAACAGGCAAAAGACGCAACCAGAGCAUUUCAUGAAGACCCCAAGACCAAAUCACCGCAGGAGGACUAUGUGAAGAGUUUGACCAGUUUCAUUGGCUCCCUGAUCAACUGUACACCGGAUAAUCGCAUGCUGACAUUCACCAGAGGCCUUCUAAACUAUGUGUUGGACUUCUGCGAACAGUCUGAGCAGCUGAUGCCACAAGUGGGACGUCAACAGAUGCCACCACGGCAGAUGUUUCCUAUGGAGCAGCCAUCUCAAUAUUAUGAACAGAAAGGAGCGAGAGAGAAAACGGGGAAUUACAGACCAGUUAGCCUGACUUCGGUGGUGGGAAAGAUGCUGGAGUCAAUUAUUAAAGAGCAGUCAAUGAUGGGACAUCCACCGCACAUGCGAAUGGGGGCACAGCCACACCUGCAGGCUGACCAGGUAUACAAUUUAAAAAAUAAAAUUGUGAGCUUAGAUUGUCCUUUGAUUAUUUGUCAAUCACAGCUUGUUAAGAUGAUUAAAUUCACCCUCCUAUUCAUCAUGUUUAUGUGUUUUAAAAAUAGUUCAUGAUCUGACUGCAAAGAC